UAUAUUGACGGUUGUGGUGACUGGUCAGCGACUCAGCGGCCAGUCUGCUAUUCAACUUUCAUCUAUUAGGUCGCCGUCACGACGCUCUUUGCCAGAACUGAACUUCAGUCUCCUUCACCAGUCUAUCAAUUAAAGGACUGACUCACGACUCAGUGACAACCCCUUUAACAAGGAAAAGUUAACUUCUCGACAAUUGUUUCCGCAGCUAUGGCGUCCGUCCACCGAAAAGGAGGAGGCUACUGGUGGUGCAAAGCAAGCUGGGUUCUCCUGCUGGGGGUGACAUUGAUGGCGGUGGUGACGGAGGCGGGGCUGGGUGUGAAAUACCUCGUGGGGGAGGCUGGCACGAGGGGCACCGACCUUAUCAUUUCCUGGGUGGCGGCAUCACUCAGUGUCUGCUGCCUCGCCUGCCACAAAGAGACCCAGUGUGUGGGGUUCAACUGGGUGUCGUCGUCGAAGAUGUGUCAGACGUUGUCGUCCCUCAGGAAUGUCGUCGAGGACACCACCUGCAACUUGUACGUGGCAGACUCGACGCCAAUUACAUCAGUGGGAUUGAAGUUUGACUGUGAAAACUGCCAUGGCACCCAGCCAUAUGGAGUCGACACAUGGGUCCACCAGUGUGAGCCACGGACCGAGUCCCUUGCAGUGGGAGUGGCAACCUCCAUCUCCUUACUCACCGACCUGGACUUCCUCCUCUGCAGGACCUUCCCCGGCCUCAUGUUGGAAACUGACGGUGGGGGAGUUUUGACAGACGACCGCAACUGCUGGGAUGUCAUAAACAACGGAGGGUUGUAUAUGGUCACGUCAGUGUGGGGAGAUAACCAGUUCUUCGACAACCCCAAAACCUUCGCCCACCAGUGUCGUAAAAUUCUAUCUCCUGACUACAAGGUUGACAGAGACCGGUGUGUGGCUGGGCAGGAGAAGUUAGAGAGUGUAGCUGGGGCGUCGGGCCGCUACCACCUGCUGGUGUGUCCUCCUCACAUGGCCGCUUUCACUCUCUCCUUCAUCCAGGACGUCGGCCCCUCCCUCACCUGCUGCCUCAUUUACUGAACCUCCUUCACCUGCUGCCUCAUCUACUGAACCUCCUUCACCUGCUGCCUCAUCUACUGAACCUCCUUCACCUGCUGCCUCAUCUACUGAACCUCCUUCACCUGCUGCCUCAUCUACUGAACCUUCACCUGCUGCCUCAUCUACUGAACCU